AUGGCUUUCAAGGAUGAGUUGCUACCGGCAUCUACCCUUCCUUCGUAUAUAGUACAUUGGCAUUUGGCACACGGUGCCACUUUUACGGCAAGCAGCGAGGGCAUACAAAUCGAAUACAUUGCAGUGUUUUCAGCAGUGUUGUUUCCUGGAGCUCUCGUGGCUUUCAAGGACGAGUUCCUGCAGGCAUUACCACGUCUUUCUACCCUUCGUAUAUACUGUGCUGGCAUUUGGCAUAAUGCAGCAUUUUGUGCAGUUUGUGCAUUGGCAUUGCUACUCCUACCGUUGAUCUUGUAUCCAUUUUACAUACAUGGUGAAAGCCCCAUGGUUUUGGAUGUAUCUUCUAUUUCGCCUUUGUCUGGUUAUUUGUCUCCAGGUGAUCUAAUUGUCUCACUAGAUGGCAUCCACAUCCAUCAUGCACAAGAGUGGAUGGACAUUGUCACUCUGUUAGAUGAGCAGACACUUCAAAACUCAAAACAUUACAGUGAUUCUGAAAACUUCGUGACAGUAAAUGAAAGAAAGGGGUACUGUGUUCCAAAGUCUUUUUUUGAAGAGAGCAUGCAUAUCGAUUUGAAAGACAAUGUAACUACUUGUCCGAAUGAGCUGACUGCAUUUGCAUCUAUUUCCUGCUUCGAUUCAAGUACAUUGGGUGGUGUUAGCAGCGGAGAUAGAAAAAAUAUCCACUGUCUGAAUGCUAAGGAUAUAGUUAAGCUUAAAAAAUGCGGUGAUGGUUGGGUAAUGACUGUAAGCAAUAGAAGCAACUGCCUGUGUUCGGGGGCUGAGUCUUGCUUAACCCCGGUCCAGAUGCUGGGUCAAACAUGGGGUGAGAUCACAUAUUCAAGCCCUUAUUCCCCAGAAUGUCGGCAACCUGAAAGAAAUUCAUUUCCAGGUCAUAAGAGUUCUGACUUUGGAGAAAUUAGCUGUGGUGGAACUUUUGUUUUUAUUGGGAAUAUGAUCUCCAUGGCGCACUCAAUUCGGUUAACUUCAUAUCAACCUCGUUGGUCGUUAGAUUUUGGUGCAUAUAUUCCAAAUGUACUGGAAAAGCUUUUGAUGUGCAUCUUUCAUGCCUCUCUUAUGCUUGCUCUUCUCAAUAGCCUUCCGGUAUGUCUUCAUGUCAUUGUAUGUUUCCAUAUAUUUAAAAACAUAAUUACUUUCCUAUAUAUGUCUCAACCUACAUGUGGGUCAUGCUUGUAG